AUGGCAGCGAUUUCUCUUCCCCUUGGUUUCCAGAUCGCGCCGGCACCCCUUGGGGGAGUGCCGGGGCCCAGUGUACCGGCGCCGCUGGGUGUGCUGGCAAACUUCAGUGGAACCUUCAAUGGCCUUGGUUUGAACACAAUCUUUCGCCCGAACAGCGGCCCACUGAACACGACAACAUUUCCAAGAGACAACGUCUUGGAGCUAAAUCUGAUAAAUGAUACAAUCACAUUUUCUCAAUCCUUGGGUGCCGUGCCCAACAGGGGCUUGGCCUUGCAGGACGAUAUCUUUCUCAACGGAGUAUCUUAUAUACAGGUUGUCAACGACGUGACAAAUUUGAAAACUGGAAGGGCUGACGGUGCCCCAACUGGUAUUCACUUCGAGGCUGGGCUAUGGAUGAACGUUCCGGCUACAAAUAAUACUCCAGUGCUCGGAGAUUCCCUCGUCCGCAUGGGAUCAAUUCCACAUGGCACAACUAUUAAUGCGGAAUGCCUGGCACCUACUAGCGAUUCUCCAGGUCCACCUGAGAUCCCACUGGUCAGCUUGGUGCCAUUCUCAGUACUUGACGGCAAGCCACUGCAGCCUGGUCAACUUGAAAAUCUCAAUGCCUCAAUCGUUUCCACCCUCAGACUCCCAAAUGAUCUCUCCAAGUUCGUUGCUGCUGGUACCAUCAACCAGGAAAUUCUGGACGACCCAAAUUCGGUUUUGCGCAACGCCAUCAAAUGGCAGAAUAUUAUGAAAACCACGGCUUUCACUGUGUCAACGAAGCCUCCGCCCCCAGAGUUCGGUGGUGGAACGAGGAACAUAGCCUUCCUAGAAGGCAACCCCGCUUCCACGAAGCCUAAUGCCAACGCGAUCCAAAUGAAUGCUACCUUUUGGAUCGAGACGGUCCAACAUAGACUCGAAGUACCAAUCUUCAAGGUCGGACAAGCACCUAUGAAACUCUCGCCGGCUUCACCGUUGGGACAGCCCGCGCCUGUGUUCCUUGUAAGCCCACCGCAUGCGAUCAAUGCACCCAAGAACAUCACCGUUACCUCACUCCAAAUUCAAUAUUCUCAGGUCGUUUUUUUUGGUAUUCGAUAA